AUGGAUGGCGUACAGGGUCCGCCUCCCGAGGGCCCGAUUGCCUCGAUCGCAGAACCGGGCAUCAAGGCCGACGGUCAACUGCUGUUCGACUUGCGCCGCGAGGUCGCCAAUCUCUUGCAUCGCAACCAGACCAGCUUCCCCGGCGCGCAGCCCGUCAGUUUCGCGCGGAAACACGUCGAUGAGUUACGGAAUAGAGACUACUAUGUUUGCGAAAAGUCAGACGGCAUCCGGUACCUGCUAUACCUCACGGAAGACGAGGGCCGGGAGAUCCACUACCUAAUCGACCGGAAAAACGACUACUGGUUCAUCAAGAACAGCAGCUUCCACUUCCCGCGCAAGGACGACCUGACCAAAUUCCACACGCGCACGCUCAUCGACGGCGAGCUGGUCAUGGACGACACGGGAAAGGGCACAAAGGAGCCGCGGUUUCUCGUCUUUGACUGCCUCGUGCUGGACGGACAGGACCUGAUGUCGCGGACGCUCGACAAGCGGCUCGCCUACUUCAAUGAGAACAUUUACAAGCCCUACCGGGACUUGUUCAAGCAGUACCCGGAGGAGCGGGAUUUCCAGCCGUUCCUGGUGGAGAUGAAGGCCAUGCAGCUGAGCUACGGCAUCGAGAUGAUGUUCCGCGAGAUCCUGCCCAAGCUGAGGCACGGCAACGACGGGCUCAUCUUCACGUGCGUCAGCAGCGAGUACAAGCACGGCACCGACCCGCACAUCUUGAAGUGGAAGCCGCCGGAAGAGAACACGGUCGACUGCCGGCUGCGGAUGACGUUCCCCACGGUGCAGCCGGGGGAAGGGGACGAGGAGGCCGAGGGCCCCUUUGUGGACUACGAGGCCGUGCCGCGGGCGGAGCUGUGGAGCUUCAUGGGGGACGGGCGGUAUCAGUUCUUUGACGAGGUGCAUAUUACCGAGGAGGAGUGGGAGGUGUUGAAGGGACUCGGGGACCCGCUCAACGACCGCAUCGUGGAGUGUCACAAGGACGACCUGGGCCGGUGGCGGAUUAUCCGGUUUCGCGACGACAAGUCGGAGGCGAAUCACAUUUCUACCAUCAAGAGCGUCAUGGAGAGUAUCGAGGACCGGGUUACGGAGAAGGAUCUUGCGGAGGCGGCUAAGGGGAUCAAGGAUAAUUGGAAGACGCGGAAUGCCAAGCGGUAG